UGACGCAGUGCGCCUAGUGCAAGAUCCUCUCUGAGAGAACGAGAGUUCAAUUCGAGCAUAGCUGAGCAAAAUUCUAAGAAUCUCACGACCGAAAAGAAGUUUGUCAUUGGCGUGGACUUUGGAACCACCUUCACAUCUGUAUCCUAUUUCUUCCACCCUAUCAAUGAACGGCAUCUUCGAGCUUUCCCGGAACAACUUUUGAGCAUUAAAAACUGGCCAGAUGAUUUGAGUAGUGGUAAUGCUGGGGGAACUCGCCCUCAAGUACCUUCCGAGACAUGGCAUUCACCGAUUUCUUUGUCUAGGGAGGCGCCCCAGGACACCGACGAUCAGGAUGGAACAUUGGAUGAAUUCGUAUAUGCUGACAAAAGUCACUCUUUGACUUUCGUUAAAAACGCAAAUCCCGAGUCGAGUGGAGACGAGUCCUCGGAGUUUCUCUGGGGUUACCAGGUGCAUCAUCAGCAGUACAGAGAAAAUAUCUCCCGGAAUACUGGGACUAGAGUCAAGAGAUCCAAGUUACACCUGGUUCCUACAGCUUACACACAUGACGAUCGUGUUGAGCUACUUCGUAGUAUGGAGAUUCUGAUCGAUAACGGAAUUAUUCGCAAACAUGGUUCGAAAGAUAAUCCUGAUGUCAGGGAUGUCCUCGAUAUAUUUACAGACUUUCUAGUGAAAGUCCUCAAUCAUACCAAAGAGCAGCUCAUUCAACUCCACAACUUUUCUAGUCAGUCUAUCGUCGAGUUUGCCUUGACUGUACCAACGAUCUGGAGUCCUAAUGUGUCUCGAAUUCUUCAAACUGCACUACAAACCGCCGCAAGGCUUGUCAAAUUCGGAAACAUUUCAACAAAGAAAGUCGGCAUACCAUAUAUUGUGUCGGAACCAGAAGCGGCUGCAAUUUAUAUGCUGGCAGGGAAUUCCUCAGUACAUCCCAGAGAAACUUUCAUUAUAGCAGAUUGUGGGGGUGGCACUGUCGACAUUAUCACAUAUGAGAUUGGCACAGAGCAUCCUCUGAGAUUGAGCGAGGAAAAAGUUACACCAGGAGGUGAUAACUGUGGAAGUAAUUAUCUCAAUGAGAACUGGAAAAAUAUGCUUCUCAACAAAUUAAAAGAUGAAAGUUAUCUACUCAAUAUGUGGCCGGCUGGCGAAUCCUUGGAAUCAAUUGUCAAUCGUUUCAUUCCGAAUUUUGAGAAUGAUCAUAAGAGACGCAAAGAUUUAACCUCUCUUUUCGGACUAAAAACUCGUCUCCAUCUUCCUGGGCUGAAGGAAAACGCAGAGAAAAGAUUCGAUGAUGGUCACAUCGUUAUCAUAAACUUCGGUUACGGAAAUAGACAAGAUUGGGAAGAACUAUUCAAUCCUCUUCUGGAGCGGGUAAAGAAGCUAUUGCAUGCCCAGUUAUUCACUGCACUUGAAAAAGGCCUAAAAGUCAAGAAAGUAUUCUUACUUAGAAGAUUUGGAGCAUCUCCAUCCCUGAGGUCUUAUCUUCGAAACCAUUUAAGAGAGAUGUCAAAUAAACCCGAGGUUGGUUAUGAUAUUGAGUUAGUGACAGGAAACGAUGCCUCUGGAUAUCCAGUCACAGCGGUAUCUUGUGGUGCCGUCCUAGCUGCCUUGAACAAGAAUAACGGUCCAGCACGAAGGGCCCAGUCUAGCUACGGAAUAUUCCGCAAAGAGCUUUAUCAACCGACGGUACUAGGAUUUGAGGCACAUAGGAACUGCACUGCUAGAAACUGCUCAAUUGAAAAUCAAGAUUAUCUCUAUGUUGUGAACUAUUUUGUUUUCAAAGACUCACUUAUCCCACCUAGACAUCGAUUUGAGCCUUGGAUAUCAAUUCACGCCUUUCCUGAGGAAUAUGAAACCUGGAUCUGUGAGGAAUUGAUCUAUGUCUCAGAUAGGACGAAAUGCUCAAAUAGCUGGUCGACUUGAAUUUGAGAUGACUUUUCUCAAAACUCAAAAAAAGAUACCCUUGGCAGAACGUCGUUAUGGGGAAAAAAAACUGGCCAAACCGCAUUAUUGUGUUGAGCUUGAGAUCUCUGCUGAAUUGAAUGGCAUGCCACUAGAAUAUUCUGCUAGAUAUCCACCUAGAGUUGGCGGAAAGAUCAUGAGUAGAGGACAAGUCUGUGUUUCCGCUGCGUUUGCACUUGGCUGUGCG